UCUCCGAAAGUAUAGUGGUUUGGAAGAACUAGCCAAAAGAAUUGGUUUGUGCUUUCUUGAUUCCUAAUAUCUUCCUGGAGAAAAAUGGCUAAUGAACAAAAGGAGAGAUCAAGUAGGGUUGUUGUAGCUAUAGAUGGUAGUGAGCACAGCCAAAGGGCGUUUGACUGGUAUUGUGAAAAUGCACAUAAAGAUGGCGACAGUGUGAUGUUGAUUCAUGCUAAUGAUAUAUCUGAUCGUCAGAUUCAAUUACAUCCUUAUGGAUUAGCUACAGUUGAAAGCUGGGAUAAGUGGAUAGAAAGAUGUACAGAAGAUUCAAAGAAGUUACUCUCUACUUUUGAAGAGAAGUGCAAAAAGCUCAAGUACAAUUGCAAGCUUUUCACUCAGAUUGGUAACCCUCCUGAAGUGAUAUGUAAAUUUGCUGAAGAGAAAGAUGCUGAUCAUUUAAUUAUGGGUUGUCGUGGUCAAGGUUCUAUACGACGUACUCUCAUGGGUAGUGUUAGUGAUUACUGUGUUCAGCAUUCCCAUGCACCAGUUACUGUAGUUCCACCAGCAAAUAGAGAGCAUCAUGGAUUCCAUAACUAGUUUAUACUCGGCUAUUAUCAUAAUAUAUGGCUUGAGUACGAGAGGUAUUUCUAKGUGCAGUGAUCUUUGUGUUCAACACAGUCGCUCAUUUUCUUUCAGUUAGUAUAUCAUUGGGGUCAAUACAUGAAUAAAUCAUCCUUUCUGCAA